AGGCGGGGCCGAGUGUGUGUGUGAGGGGGGGCAGGUCUGCAUUGCCGCUUCCCCUGGUACCCGGAGCAGUCGCCGCUGCCGCCUCAGACCCGCGGCCGGGACCCCCGCCCUCACCCGGGACUCCCUUACCCGGGGAAUCGGCCCAGAUCUCCAGAGGCUUGUGGAAGAGAAGUAGGCGGCCCUUCCUGGGUUAUCCUGGCCUAGCCCCACCAACCUGGCUCCCCCUCCCCUUCCCAUCCCCUGCUCUCCCUCUCCCUUCCCCACUCACCCAACUGAACUGGUUGUAGGCCAAAGCUCCUCUCCCUCCUUCCCCUCCUAGACACUCACUGGCCAGGUCCUAUUUCCUCUUAUUCUGUGCCCAAAGAUACCGGAACACACUUCUAACUGCGGGGACAAGUCGUCUUGACUCCUCAAGUCCCUGAGCAAAAAUUGAAAAAGAAGCAGGGAGUGUGGGGAGAUCCGUUGAAGUGCCCUAAAGCCCCAUCAUGGAAGAGGGCUUCCGAGACCGGGCAGCUUUCAUCCGUGGGGCCAAAGAUAUUGCCAAGGAAGUCAAGAAGCAUGCGGCCAAGAAGGUGGUGAAGGGCCUAGACAGAGUCCAGGAUGAAUAUUCCCGAAGAUCCUACUCCCGCUUUGAGGAGGAGGAUGAUGAUGAUGACUUCCCUGCUCCCACUGAUGGCUAUUACCGUGGGGAAGGGGCUCAGGACGAAGAGGAAGGUGGCGCAUCUAGUGAUGCCACUGAGGGCCAUGAUGAGGACGAUGAGAUCUAUGAGGGGGAAUAUCAGGGUAUCCCCCGGGCAGAGUCUGGGGGCAAAGGCGAGAGGAUGGCAGAUGGGGCACCCCUGGCUGGAGUGAGGGGGGGCUUGAGUGAUGGGGAGGGCCCCCCUGGGGGCCGAGGGGAGGCACAGCGGCGGAAAGAACGAGAAGAACUGGCCCAGCAGUAUGAAGCCAUCCUACGGGAGUGUGGUCAUGGCCGUUUCCAGUGGACACUGUAUUUCGUGCUUGGUCUGGCACUGAUGGCUGAUGGUGUUGAGGUCUUUGUGGUGGGCUUCGUGCUGCCCAGUGCUGAGAAAGACAUGUGCCUGUCUGACUCCAACAAAGGCAUGCUGGGCCUCAUCGUCUACCUGGGCAUGAUGGUGGGAGCCUUCCUCUGGGGAGGUCUGGCUGACCGGCUGGGUCGAAGACAGUGUCUACUCAUCUCACUCUCAGUCAACAGCGUCUUUGCCUUCUUCUCAUCUUUCGUCCAGGGUUAUGGCACUUUCCUCUUCUGCCGCCUCCUUUCCGGGGUUGGGAUUGGAGGGUCUAUCCCCAUUGUCUUCUCCUAUUUUUCGGAGUUUCUGGCCCAGGAGAAACGUGGGGAGCAUUUGAGCUGGCUCUGCAUGUUUUGGAUGAUUGGUGGAGUGUACGCAGCUGCUAUGGCCUGGGCCAUCAUCCCCCACUACGGGUGGAGUUUUCAGAUGGGUUCUGCUUACCAGUUCCACAGCUGGAGGGUCUUUGUCCUCGUCUGCGCCUUUCCCUCUGUGUUUGCCAUUGGGGCUCUGACCACACAGCCUGAGAGCCCCCGUUUCUUCCUGGAGAACGGGAAGCAUGAUGAGGCCUGGAUGGUGCUGAAGCAGGUUCAUGACACCAACAUGCGAGCCAAGGGGCAUCCUGAGCGAGUAUUCUCAGUAACCCACAUUAAGACGAUUCAUCAGGAGGAUGAAUUGAUUGAGAUCCAGUCAGACACGGGGACCUGGUAUCAGCGCUGGGGCGUCCGGGCCUUGAGCCUUGGGGGGCAGGUUUGGGGGAAUUUCCUCUCCUGUUUUGGUCCGGAAUAUCGGCGUAUCACUUUGAUGAUGAUGGGUGUGUGGUUCACCAUGUCAUUCAGCUACUACGGCCUGACGGUCUGGUUUCCUGACAUGAUCCGCCAUCUCCAGGCGGUGGACUACGCAGCCCGCACCAAAGUGUUCCCCGGGGAGCGUGUAGAGCAUGUGACUUUUAACUUCACACUGGAGAAUCAGAUCCACCGAGGAGGGCAGUACUUCAAUGACAAGUUUAUCGGGCUGCGUCUGAAGUCAGUGUCCUUUGAAGAUUCGCUGUUUGAGGAGUGUUAUUUCGAGGAUGUCACAUCUAGCAACACAUUUUUCCGCAACUGCACAUUCAUCAACACAGUGUUUUAUAACACGGACCUGUUUGAGUACAAGUUUGUGAACAGCCGUCUGGUAAACAGCACAUUCCUGCACAACAAGGAGGGCUGCCCACUAGAUGUGACAGGGACAGGCGAAGGUGCCUACAUGGUGUACUUUGUCAGCUUCUUGGGGACGCUUGCUGUGCUUCCUGGGAACAUCGUGUCUGCCCUGCUCAUGGACAAGAUUGGCAGGCUUAGGAUGCUCGCUGGCUCCAGUGUGAUGUCCUGUGUCUCCUGCUUCUUCCUGUCUUUUGGAAACAGCGAGUCGGCCAUGAUUGCUCUGCUCUGCCUUUUUGGGGGGGUCAGCAUUGCAUCCUGGAAUGCUCUGGAUGUGUUGACUGUCGAACUCUACCCCUCAGACAAGAGGACCACAGCCUUCGGCUUCCUGAAUGCCCUGUGCAAGCUGGCGGCUGUGCUGGGGAUCAGUAUCUUCACGUCUUUUGUGGGAAUCACCAAGGCUGCCCCAAUUCUUUUUGCCUCAGCUGCUCUUGCCCUUGGCAGCUCUCUGGCCCUGAAGCUGCCUGAGACCCGAGGGCAGGUGCUGCAGUGAGGGGGUCUCUGGGGCUUCGGGAGUGGCAGGCACACUGUGAGACCAACAACUCCUUCUUCCCCUCCCUGCCCUGCCUUCCUGGCCCCCAGAGCCCUCACUCCCCACUCCCGUUUGGUGUCUUAGCUGUGCGUGUGUGCAUGUGUGUGACCCCCGUGGGCAGGGACUACAGGGAAGGCUCCUUCAUCCCAGUUUUGGGAUGAAACUCUACUCCCUUCUUCCUACUACCCUCAACUUUGCACAAGAGAAGGCUGAGCCUCACCCUUCUCCCCCCGGUGUUAGUGAGGGGCCCUCACUUCCCUGCUCCAGGAGUUCCAGAACUGGCUUCCUGCCUUCCCCCUCAUUCCCUCUGCCUAGGCCCUGGUGAGACCAUGGGUAUGCAGUUAUCCUGGGGGCUGGGGCUUGGGUAUAGACCAUGGACCAAAAGAACUUCUUAGAGUUGGAAGGGCUGGGUGCCCUCUCACACCGCCUGGUGGACGCUGGGGGAGUAGCAAUAAACCUCAGGCCCCUGGCUUCUCCUUCCCCCUAAAUUUGGGCUGCAAAUACAAGGCCUGAAUUUUAUGAAAUUAGCUAAUUCUUAUUUAUUUAUAUAUUAAGUUCUGAGGCAGCUCAGCAGGACUGUGUGUGUGAAUGUGUGUAUACAUUUAUGUAUGUGUGUGCAUGUGCCAUGGGGUGGGGGUGUCAAUAUACUGUCCUAAAAUAUAAGCCAAGGGUAAUCUCAACGGACACACACACAACCCUGCCUCCCAUAGUACUUCCCCUAAUCUCCUUUCUGUGUUGAGCCUGGGAGGGAGGAGCCCUAGGCCAGUCUAGGGUAAGAGUCCCACAGUCUAGGGGGAUCUGAGAGCACCUGACAAGGCCCAUCGCUUUCCCUCCUCUCAAGAAGCACAGGCCUCCUCUGGAGCCAGAGGCUCCACCCACUAUCGCACAGACAGGAACAGCACAGCUGCCCUCCCCUGUCACCUCACAGGCAGGGGAGCAAGGGAGGGAGAGAAACCAGGCAUAUGGUCAAACCAGCAGAUCAAAAAGCACAAGGAGCUGGGGCAGGGGCCCUCCUGGCAACUCCUCUGAAAGUGGGGAGAGGUUGGGCUAUAUGUGAGGGACCCCUAAUGCAGGGACCAGAAGCCUCAGUUUCCCCAUCUUACCCUUCUACACAAUAGCCUCUGUAGGUUAGGCUGCCCUGUCCCACCCUACUCUGUGUGGCUGCUUUCUUUGGUGCCCUCUCCUCACCCUACUGUAGCUGUGAUGUGUUGUAGUUUUUAGCUGUUUGUAAAAUGUUUAAAAAAGUUAAAAGGAAAAAAGUGAAAAUAACAACAAAAAAGAAAAUCUAAAUUCACCCUCCUCAUGCUGUGUCUGGUGCCCCCACCCUGUGGUCAGUCCCCCAUUUUGUAACACUGAACCAGGUGGUGACUGUUUAACUCUUUGGUGUCUGUGCUCAAGACUGCCUUCUCCUCCAGUGCCCAGUGUACGAGUGUGUACCUUGUGCCCUCUCCCCUCACCCUUCACUUGCUGGACGUAGCCCUCUCCCCUAUACACCUGGGAGGGACCCAUCCAUCUUCCUUGCUCUCCUGGGGAACCCUAAACCCAACUCUGUUGAUGUGAAAAAUGCAAUGAAAACUAUUGAUGAAAAAUAAAAAGGAAAUGAAUCCUUAAAAUA